AGGCGUCUCUUCCUCCUGAACCGAACAACACAGCAAACAGGAUUCUGGACGGAAACACAGACAUCCCGGCUCUCGCCUCCGUCUCUUCCCAUUUUAUCACCGCCCAGCUCCAUCCGCCUCCUGAUCCGCCGCCGCUGCAUUCACACGUCUUCUUUAGCUCAUUUCACCGUCCGGCCCACUGACUUCCACUUCGUCUUCCGCCUGCUGCUGCUUCAUCCAUCACCGGCUUUAACAGCAAACCUGCAGCUUCUCCGCCCCGAGCUCCAGCGUUCAACCUCCCCGAGGCCAGAAUGUGGUCCAACUUCUUCGUGCAGCAGGACGAGGAGGGUCGGAUCGGGGUGGCCGGCGCCGGACAAGGCGGGGUGAAGGGCGGCAGAGGCCAGAGACGGGUCCACAGGAUGAGCGACAGCCAAGAGGGCAAGAUCAAGCUGGCCUUCUUCGUCGCCAUCAUCGGCGUGACGCUGACGGUGCUGGGGAUGGGCACCGAGUUCUGGGUGGAGCUGGCCCAGCCCAAGAACUUCAGUGGGAACCAGACCUGCCAGAUGGCCCACUACGGCCUGUGGAAGGGCUGCGUCCGGACGCUGUGGGUGGCCGACAUCGACCCGGAGAGGACCAGCUGCGGUCCGGCAGAACUUCCUGGAGAGCUUCGUGGUGUUUCUGCUCCUCUCUGCUGCUCACGGUUACAGAUGCUUCUGUUUGACUCGUUCCCAGACCUGAACCUGGCUGCAGCCAUCCUGGCCCUGCUCAGCCUCACCAUGAUGGUCAUGGGCUCGCUCUGCAUCGCCAUGGCGCUCAGCAAAGGAGUCGCCUUCUUCCUCAAGCCGGCCUCCUUCUGCUUCAUCCUGUCAGGUGUGCUGGUGCUGCUGUCGGUUCUGAUCUUCCACCAGUCCGUCCUGGCCCUGCUGUCCAGCGACCACUCGGUCCCUCUGCACCACGAGCUGUCCUGGUCGGUGGCCUGCGUCGGGUCGGCCGGAGCCAUCCUCAUCUUCGGAGGGUUCCUCUUCAUCGUCCUCUCGCUGCCCUUCAGCCCCUGGCAGAAGUGUUUGCCUCACAAGAAUAGCGCCACCUAGCCGCCGACAUAUGCAAACGCUGUUCUCGACGUCCCGUCUGAGAGCGAGCGACCGCCCACCUCUGUCAGCUUGCUCUGGGCAUUUAUUCACCAGAGAAGGUCUUAAUCACAUUAGGAGGAGGAGUGACACACACACGACACAGGGAGGCGCCGCGAGGAGGGCUAGCAGGAGCUGGUUUUGUAAUUUUAGAGUAGACGAAGAAGAAGCAGCGCUGCAGCUGAUGUGUUUACGAGGAAAAGUGUCUCCAGUAGGCGCGUUAGCCUGCACAGGAUCUAGAGUCCUGCUGCAGGAGCAGAGUGAAUCAUUUUUUAUUGCUCAGACACUUUUCUAUUUUUGUAGUUGGUUUGUAUGGAAGCCCAACGCUGCCAAGAAAAAAAUAGAACGCAAUGU